AUGAAGCCGCUGGGCGCCGUCGUCGCCUCGGCCCUGGUGGCCUUGGUCGGCGCGCUGGCCUCGACCGACACAAUCACAUGGGGAGGUGACAAUACACGUUCAGGAUUUCAGACAAACCAUCGUAUGGAUCCUGCCAUUGUUGGCAGUUCUCAGUUUGGCCAAGUCUUCCGCACACCUCUCCCCGGCACCUAUGUAGGACAGCCCGAGCAGAUCUUCUCCCAACCUCUCGUGUACACCCCCAACGGCGGCACAAAGCAAUACGUCUAUUUUGCCACGACGCAGAACAACGUCUACAGACUUGAUUCGAAAACAGGCGAGAUUCUCGCGUCCAGAAACCUCCACAUCCCCUUUCUCACUGCCGACCUCGACGGUUGUGUAGACAUCAACCCAACCAUCGGAGUCACAUCCACGGGUGUAAUUGACUACGGCUCAGAUACCCUCUAUCUCAUGGCCAAAACCUAUGUCAACCAAAAGUUUGGCGACAAGCCUCAGGGGCGCCCCGCCGGUCGCUACUAUCUCCAUGCUUUAGACGUAAAUGACUUGAGCGAGCGCCCCAACUUCCCCGUCGACCUCGAGGGCAUUCUAUCGAGAAACGGCGACAAUCGCAUGUUUACCGGCGGCAUCCACCUCCAGCGACCCGCCCUGCUGCUCACCGGCCAGUACAUCUACGCCGGAUUCGCAUCCCACUGUGUCCAGUACAACUUCACUGGCUGGAUCAUGGGCUGGGACAAGGCCACCGGCAAAGUUAUUGAACGCUGGUCCACGCAGGGCAAGGGCGUCCCCAACACUGUUCCGGGCGCGGGCAUAUGGAUGAGUGGCGGCGGUCUCUCCUCGGACGACGCCGGCUCCAUCUACCUCGCCACGGGAAACGGAUACGCGUCCCAGCUUAGCAACAUUCCUGUCAAGGGCUUCAACCCGCCCACAGCCCUGGAGGAAGCAGCACUUCACAUGACCAUGAACGCUGACGGCAGCCUCAACCUCGUCGACUUUUUCAUGCCGUGGGAGAAGCAGGCCUUGGACGGGGCUGACAAGGACCUUGGCACCUCGCCCCUCGAAAUGCUCCCCAGCCAGUUUGCGUGCGGUGAUGUCAAGCGCGUCGGUGUGGUUACGGGAAAGACAGGGAAAACCUACUGGCUCAACUUGGACAAUCUGGGUGGUUAUCGCAACGGCAAAGACGGUCUCGACGAUGUCCUGCAGGUGUUUCAGAACGAAAACUCAGUCUAUGCCGGGGCGGGUGUCUACCCGCUAGAAGGGGGAUGGAUCUACAUCAACGUGGUCGGCUACCCAACUAACGUGUUCAAAUUCUCCUGCAAUGACGGCGUUCCUGCCUUCACAAAGGUGGCCGUCUCGCCAACGCCCAACGCCUACAUCCUCGGUGUCUCCCACGGAACCGUCACCUCCCUCGACGGACAGGAGGGAACAGGACUCUUGUGGGUUACAGACGUGCAGGGCGUUGGGGUCAAAGUCUACAAUGCCGUUCCAAAAAAUGGUAACCUCGUUCUGCUAAACUCCUUCAACGUCCCAGGCAUCACCAAGUUUACUCGUCCAGUCUUCGGCGAUGGUAUGCUCUAUGUCGGCACCACGCUUGGGUACGUCUACGGCUUCGGUGCCCCAGUCAAUGCCCCGCUCAACUGCUCUUCACCUGUCGACUUUGGCAACGUCAAUAUCAAGAACAGCAGCAGCACCGAGUCUGUCACCUGCAAGGCCACUAUCGAUCUUAUCGUUACAGGCAUCGGGCUGGGAGAGAAAAAGCAUUUUGGAAUUUCUGACUCGCCCAAGUUGCCGCUUCAACUGUUGCAGGGACAAUCGUUUAGCGUUGAUGCCGUUUUCCGUCCGACGGGCGUCGGUUUUCAGUCGGUCGACCUCCUGAUCAACACCACCAACGGCAUCGCUGGCUAUAGCACCGAGACUCACGCGAGGCUCACUGGGACGGGACGCAGCGUUGGUGCGCUCCUGGCUCUGAGCCCAACAACCAUCACGUUCAAAGGCAUCGUCACCGGACAAGACCCCGGCGGCGUAUCGGAGAGUCUCGUGGUUUCCAACAGGGGCAGUUCGCCGCUUAACGUUAUAUCCAUCUUGUACUCGGUGGGUAACUCGACGGGACCGUUUCAGCCCUGGGAUGGCCAUGGCAACCUUGUCGUCGGCAAGUUUACGCUCCAAAAUGUCCCGACAGCCGUCGCGGCCAAUUCGGGCGUGACCGUCAGCGUCGCCUUCAACUCAACGACCAGCGGCACCUUCACAGGCUUCGUCAAGUUUGUUACCGACGGCGGCAAUGGCACAGUCUCCAUUGCCGGCUCCUCCGGGCCAGCAGCUAUCGCGCUUCUUGAGUUUCAGACACCCGAUGGCCAAGGUUGGGUCAAGUACCAGUCUGGCACUCCUUUCAACUUUGGUAACGUGACUGAGAACACGUCGAGAUCUCUCAAGUUCAGAGUCACCAACAAUGCCCCUCCCGGCGGGGUGAAGCUAUCUUUGACCGUUUCGAAGCCUCCGUUCGGCGUUGCUAGCAUAGUGAGAGCAGCCAACCAGGUCGAUCUGGCCGAAGGCUCGUCCUUUGGACCCGGCGAAAGCGGCACUGCCGUUCUCACUUGCGCCGCGCCCAAGUCCCAAUGGAACGUGGCGUCUUACAACGGCACGGCGCAGUGGACCAUGAACACCAAUGACCCCGGCUUUGGCAAGCAGUUCAUCCAAUUCCUCUGCAACGCGGUCGCUGAGCAGGCACCUCCUCUGCUGCCCAGCGGACAAGGCCAGUUUCGGUACAUUGGAUGCUAUAAAGACAACACUCCAGGCCGCCAAUUGCCAAACCAGCUCAUCGACGCCGACAAACUCACCAACGCGCAGUGCAUCGCGGCGUGCGCGAAAAACAGCUACAUCUUCUGUGGACUGGAAUAUGGAGGGGAGUGCUGGUGUGGUAACCAGCUGGGGACCGGCUCGGUGCACGCUCCCGACGUGGAUUGUGGCAUGACUUGCACAGACAACACGACCGAGUUUUGCGGUGGCCCUUCGAGACUCAAUGUCUAUAGGCUCGGCCCCACGACUAAAAGCAGCAGCUCCGCCGGUCCGACGCCUACUGGACCGGCCGUAAAGAAGACGGUCGGAAAGUACGAGUCCCAAGGAUGCUGGACAGAAGCCACAAACAGCCGAGCUCUGCUUGGAAGCGGUUCUGCCGACGACAAGAUGACGCUCGAGUCAUGCGCCAAGUUUUGCGAUGGCUUCAAGUAUUUUGCCACCGAAUAUGGAAGGGAGUGCUACUGUGGCAAUAGCCUUCAGCAAGGAAGCGUCAAAGCCAGCAAUGAGAAUGAUUGUUCUUUUCCCUGUGCUGGCGAUGCAUCCGAGUACUGCGGCGCUGGAAACAGAAUUCAGCUUUACAAAAUAGGUGCAACGCCAUCUCCGUCAACGGCGCCCGACACGUCGUCCACCGGGUCGGGAAGUUCAAAGGGUCUACCGGAUACGCCCACUGUGACGUCCAGCCCCAUCGUCUGGCCUGGGAAUGCCAACUUCACCUUUUACUCUUGUGUGUUGGAGCCCUCAAAUGGCCGUCUUUUGGAACUCCAAGUUCUCGACGACGGAAAGAACAUGACCAUUGACCGGUGCUUGAGAAAGUGUUGGAGCUAUUCGUGGGCAGGGGUUGAGUAUGGCCGGGAAUGUUGGUGCGGCGACAAGCUCAAUCUUGCGGGCAUCGACGGCGCCACGCCAGGCAAGAAUGUGACGAAGACGGAGUGCGAUAUGCUGUGCCCGGGAGACAAAAAGGUCUACUGCGGCGCUGGCGUGAGGAUGAGCUUGUACUCGAAUAAUGCCACGACGACGACAUGA